CGCUGCCUCGCCGUGCUUUCAGCUGAUCGGAUUCGUCAACGCAUCGAAUAUUUGAUCGCUUUUUCUUGUUCAAAGGGGUGCAACCGAAAACAGAGCUCGAGGUGCAAGCCAACAGCGACGCGCCUGCGCAUUUCUGUGGGCCCUGGUUAUCGGCCGCUAAGUCGUUUAUCGUCGAGGCAGACAAGGCCCCCUGUGCCACCGGACGUCAUCGAUCCGUGCCAACAUCCGGAUUUCUCUGGGCUUCUCCAGCGGGCCUGGGAUCUCGACCCCCGGAAAGUGAUAUACAUUUUUCCCACUUCGCACACCAGGGUGGACACCUGGGUAUUCGAGCGCAAUGUCUUGGGAGUUGAACCGCCGGCGGUGGCUUCGAACAAUCAACAGCAGGUUCAUAUAUGGCCGAAUCCCGCUGUUGCAUGCCAUCGUCUUCUUCAUCGAGAUGGCCCUCUUCGCCCGGCUUACGAGCCGGUUCAACGCAUACUACGAUGAGCGACCAAUCCUUACAAUGAUGGUAACCAACUCCAUACUCGGCGGCAUCGCCGACACGGUUGCCCAGACCAUCACGUCGAUCCGGGAGCGUGCCGUCCGCAAGCACCCGAAAGGUCGCCUGGACCCCCGCGAAGACGCCCUGGCCAUCGAGAUCCACGAGCUCGACCGCAAGAACCCCUUCAGCAACCGCGACCUGAUUCCCGACUCUAAGUCCCUGCCGCCUCCCUUUGACUUUGAGCGCCUUACCCGCUUCAUGGCCUACGGCUUUUGCAUGGCCCCUAUCCAGUUCCGCUGGUUCAAGUUCCUCGAGCGCAGCUUCCCCAUCACCAAGUCGGCUGCCUUCCUCCCGGCCAUCAAGCGCGUCGCCUUUGACCAGCUGAUCUUUGCCCCCUUCGGCAUUGCCGCCUUCUUCACCGUAAUGACCAUCGCCGAGGGCGGCGGUAAGAGAGAGGUGUUCCACAAGAUGAGGGACAUGUAUGUGCCGACCCUCAAGGCCAACUACGUGCUCUGGCCUGCCGUGCAGGUCAUCAACUUCCGCCUCAUGCCGGUGCAGUUCCAACUGCCCUUCGUUUCGACAGUUGGCAUCGCGUGGACGGCGUACCUCUCCCUCACGAAUGCGGCUGAGAAUGUUCAGGAGCACCGCAUUCCCGACAGAGCUGAUAUCCGGUUACCUUAAAAUGCCGGUGUUCAUCAGGGUCUGGGUGUCUCACACUACUCGCAGAGCUCGCGGCAGGUGGUGUGAUCUCUUUUGGGUAUAUCAAACGGGUUGGCGGGCUGGGAACGGCGGCACGCCGUGGUGGGUAUGGGGUUCUUCUGGGUUAUCUUCCUUGCUCUCUGGGUCGCGAAGCUAUGUAAACUGGCAUUGGGACGGCGGUUCACUCUCAACUGAGCUUGCCCAUUGGCGAAUGGAGUUGGGGCAGGCUUUUCGUCUUUUCUGUUCUCUUUUGUUUGUCUGAACAGCAAUCAAUGAUACGUGAUUCGAC